AUGUCCUUCUUUGCAAACACAGCUCGCUUCGCCCUCGGCCUCAUCUCCUCUGCCCUCCUGGGCGCGGAUAUCACCACCGUCACCUACGACACCAUCGUCCAAAGCGCGAGCCUCGUUCGUGGCUCGCCAGUCAAGUCCCCCCGUCAAGUCAGCAGCAAGGCAAACAGGAUGAUCAUGACUCCUACUGGCAUGCCGGCCCGUCUCGUCGUACCCGCACCGCGCUCGGUCUUCUCGCUCACCGGUUUGAACAAUGUCUUGAGCAAGUCGCUGCGGGUCCCCAUCCACCAGUUCUACGGGUGGGGCAGCAGCAUCAGCAUGACGAAGACUCUUGUACCGUCCACGCCCGUGCCGACCGUUCUUAACGUCACUACCUCUGAGUUCGCAGGCCUCUCCAAAGUGCUUGACCAUGCAUCCGUGAUACGCGCAUUCGACUCUCAAGUCAUCGACCUGCUCCCGUGCACUGACCUUGUUCUGUAUACUCGCUGCUGGGAACUCGCCAAGUAUGUUCCCCUCAGUGCCGUCCUGCGCACUUGUCUCCUCGCGCUCGGGGACGAUAAUCAGUACUCGGUCGUGGAUGUCAUCGUCUGGUCGCCGUCUCCAUACACGUCGCGUGUCGCGGUUCUUCUUCAGCACUUCUUGCCUCUCACGAGCGCUGGUGUCGUCUGCCGUGCCUUGGUCAUCUAUACGCAAUGCUGGGACGUGGUUCCUUACGUCUCACCGUACUACGCGUGCCUCAAAGCCAUCCUCCAGCUGCUGCCUGUCCGCCCAGCCGCGGCCUCCACCAGUCUAGUUCUAGUUCCUGCGUCUGCCGUCGUCAAAGUCGAUGACCUCAAGACUAGGGCUCUUCAACGGGUUCUCUUCACGCGGCUCUUCUUCGGGAAUGUUUACCCCGAGUUGUACCUCUCGGUCUGGCUUCCGCGUGCACUCCUGGCUUCAUCUCUUGCGCCUGCGACGUCUCGGUCUCGUAACAAUGACUGGGUCGUCCUUACCAUCGCUUGGAAGGUCGUUUGCCAAGGCCACAAGUGCAAGAUGCUGCCCGCACCACUCGCUACUAGCUUCGCCGCUUCGACUGCUCCCUCCCGGCCCGCCCUGCGGACCCCGCCGAAGCGACGACUACUUCGCCAGCUGAUCCUACAGCAAGCGGAGGCCAAUGCGAAGGUCCUCGGACAUGUCCCGCUGCCGCCCAAAGCCGAACCCACACAGCCCAAGUCUUCCGCCGUCGCUCAUCCUCAUGACGCUGAGACUUUGCCUCCAGUGGAUGCUUGCUUGACUAUUGCUAGCUUGACUCCUGCUUCUACUCUUGACUCUGUGUCUCCGGUGGUCUCGCCUGCGAAGCCAUCUCCCCAGUACCGAAAGCCUCUCCUUCAGCCUACCAGGUCUCCCAACAAGAACUUGCACAGUCUCCAGCCUAACCCCUAUGCAUCUCGUCUCGGACACCAACACCAACCAUCACAAAAAAACCAGACAAGGCUCUGCCACGAACACCAAAAACAUCAAGAUAAGACCGCAAAACCCCAGACAUACCAGUUUGUUCCCUCUCGUGUCUCUCCCACGCAGAACGCCCCCAUGUACCAGGCCCCCCCUUCUUCCACCGCACCUCCCCCCUUCUUCGCCCCGUCCCCGCCGCCUCCGCGCGGCCACUACCCCUUCGCUCAACAACACCAGCAGCACGCGCCGCCUCCCGCCCAAUCUUUCCGGGAGUCGUACAUCCAGCAGCGCGGCUCGCUGCCCAACGCCCCCACCCAACGUGUGCCCCCUACGGCACCAUGCCCGCCCGGGUGGGCGCCCCCUACGGCGCCCACACCGCACUUCGCGCCCGCGCGUCCCCACCAUGCGCCUCGCGCGCAUGCCCCGCCAUACCCGUUUGCCCCUGUCCCGCCUGCGUACAUGGGUCCUCUGCCUAUGCCUGGUCCUCCACAGCCUAUGCCCAUGCCCAUGCCCAUGCCCGUGCCCAUGUCUAUGUCUAUGCCUGCUUCGCACCCCGCGCCGUUCGCCGCGCCCUACGGUCCCUUCGUGCCUGCGCCGCACUAUCGCCCUGCGUUCUGA